AUGGUCCGGUUCACUGCGCUGCUAGCGCGCUCUUGUCUUGUAGCUCUUCCACUAGCCACGGCCUUGACUGUUCCUCAGCAGGUUCUGGGGGAGCAAGUCGGAUCUACCGAUCUGGUCAAUGAGGAAGCCUUCUUGAAUGCGAGUGAGAUCUCCACGGUCGCAAUUGGAACCUCUGACACUCGAUCAUGCGAGAACUUUGAUCCCCAGCAGUGGGAUUACGAUGUUGUGAUCGUUGGCGGUGGCCCUGCUGGUCUGGCGGCUUCGAUGUCGCUGGGCCGAGUCGGCCGAACAUCUCUCAUGUAUGACUCGGGGCAGUACCGCAAUAUUCAAACUCGGUACAUGCAUGAUGUCUUGGGUCAAGAUGGCGAGAUCCCGUUGAAAUUCCGUAUUGCCGUACGCGGCCAGAUUGAUAUGUACUACAGCGAGUAUGCCAAGCGCGCUACUAGCGGUGUCAAAGUGACCGCUGUCCAGCCACUGGCCAAAGGCUUCCGGGUCUACGAUGAGCAAGGUGGGAAAAUUACUGCUCGAAAAGUCAUCCUCGCCACGGGAAUCACGGAUGUCUUGCCCGACAAGCCUGGAUUCAAAGAGGCCUUUGGCCGGGGUCUGUUCUGGUGCCCUUGGUGUGAUGGCUUUGAUUACAGAAACCGAGCUAUGGUAAUCCUGGGCACCCCCGACAAGCUCGCCAGUGCCAUUGGCGCGGCGCUCAACAUGCGCAAGCUGACAAAAGAUAUUCAAAUCAUCGUGGGCGGCAAACCCACCGAAGAGGCGAAGAAGGAAGCUGAGGAGAGAUGGCCUGGCUGGGAGAACGUCAUCAAGAAAACCUACAACAUCAAGAUUCACGAAGUGGAUGUGACCAAGAUCGAAAGAACUGCCUCGGGAAAUGAGCCCAAGGAUGACCAGUACAAGCUGACUCUGACCGGUUGGCCUAGUACUAUUAAUACCAACGGCAUCUUGAUCAGUGCCCGCACUGAACAGACCUCUAAUCUUUACAAGCAGCUGCACUUGCAGAUGGCUGGAAAGUCUAUCAAGGUCCAGGAUAACAUGGAGACCAGUGUGGGUGGUAUUUACGCUGUUGGCGAUGCUAACAGCGAUGGGAGCACCAAUGCUUAUCAUGCUAUGUGGAGUGCCAAACGUGCUGUUGUCAAUGCUCAUGUUGCCAUCUCGAAGGAUGAGUAUCUCGAGGCCGUCGGUCCUACUAUGGUGGCCGAGGAGGGUGGUGACCUGAGAUUCUAUGAGCGCCAAAUUGAAGAACUUGAGUGGAUGAUGGGUCAUGAUGUCGAGGAGCUCUACAAGGCCCUAGGCGGAUAA